CAGAAAACUACAUCACAGGUAUAAUGAAGAUGUUAUGUAGUACAUGAUGUUCUACACCGGAACUACUAAGUUUUAUUGAAAAAGCACUUAUCAAGAUGACUGGUAGAGACUACAGAACGUUUCUUAGUUUGCAUCGUGGGGGGCCACGUGAGAUUGCAAGAACUUCUGAGCAGGAUAAACUGAUGGUCAGAAUGACAGAGGGAAUUGGUAGCAGCAGGUACAAACAGCUUGAUUACGAGAAACUCAAAGCCAUCACUUUUGAAAAGAAAUUUGCAGCUAAUGAAUCAUUGAUGAAAAUGGAGAGAUUAGCUAAAGUUUCAAAACAGAGUAAGGAGCAUCAUCUUCUAAAUCAGCACAAGUUAGUGUGGCAGCAAGAACAAUCACGACUCAAUCAUGCUUUACAGCGAGCCAACAAUGAACUUCAAGUAUUCAUGCAGGAUGGAACACUGGAAGAGUCUUCCAUAUCUACAUUAAUGCUUGAAGCAGAAGAACUGCAAAUGCAGCUGGCCAUGGACGAGAAGAAGUUUCGAGCUGCCACGAUUGAUCCCAUUCUAAACCUUAAGGAGGACCUUGGAGUUUGGCUGCAGGAGCAUAAAGCUGAGCUUGAGGAAGGUGGAAGGGAGAUCUACUCUGAUUAUGAGAGAGUACAAGACACUGUUGAAUCAGUGAAGAAUCAGGAAGAGAUUUUACUGGAUCGACUAUCUGACGAGGAAUUAAGAUUACAAAGUGAUCUUGACAAUACAGCAUUACAAGACUUAUUUACUGUGCAUGAGAAAUGGGUCAACGAUGGAAUCCCAGAAGAAGCUGAAGAUCUUGAGUGUCCGGAUCCUUGCCUCAAGGAGUCUGUCCUCCAGGAAUUUAUAUUUCUGGAUGAUAGGUUUAGAGAGAAAUUGAAAGAAUGGGAUCACAGACAUCAAGAUAUACUAAGAUCUGAGAGUGGGGGUUGGACUGACAGUGACCAUUAUUGGUUUCAAGUAAUCAUAGACCAGUACCCCCAUGAGAUGACUAAUAGAAGAAUGUUGUAUAUUGACAGAAUGAAACGACAGCUACCCCAUAAAUCAAGAGCUGAAGUGGUUGCACAUGAAGAAUGGUAUUCAGGACACAAAUACUACCAUGAACAUAGGAAAGUCUUGAUAAACUCAUGGAUCAAGUCCAGGAAAGAGUUGUUAAACAAAGCUCAUGCUGUUUUCGCUGAUGCUUUUUUAGCUAUUGAACUUGAAAGAAUUGCUGCCAUUAACAGACAAAGACAAAAAGAAAUAUGUGAUCAAUUGUAUGAAAAGGUUAAACUAUGGAGGGAAGAGAAAAUGGAGGAGAUGAAGCUGCAAGCAGAAAUAGAAGCCAGGAGACAACAGGAACUAAAUCAUGAAAAGAAGAUACAAAAUGAAAAGGACAAAAAAAAGAGACAAGAAGAAAAAAGAAAGAUUGGAGUGUACCAGUCUAAAUUGAAUGCUGAAAGAGAAGAAAGGCAAGAGAGAGAUCGUAAAAGACUACAAGAGCUGCAAAUAAAAUUGGCUGAACAAGCAGAAUAUGAUAAGAACCGGUAGGAGUAAUUUGCCAUUGUAUUCAGUAAAUCUGAAUG